AUGACAGAGAAGAGUGACAUAAAAGAAAUAAAUGAAAUAAUUUUAAAUUAAAAAGCAGUUUGGGGAUGCUGGCACUAUACUGUAUAAGCUGCUGUAUUUGUGCGUUGACUGAAGUGCUCACUGCGCAGCUCGAACAGGAGAGCCGUUUUAUUUUGGCAAUUCACAUCCCUCAAAUGCUGCAUGUUCCUGCGCGUGUUUUAUUUUGAAAGUCGCGCCGGAAGCGGGGUGAUGUCACUGUUUGUGGCUGACGGUGUGGGGUCUCCUCUCACUCUGCGGCUGCUGGUCGCUGUCAUCAUGCAGGUGGAAUCUGCGCAAUGUAGCUCAGUUUAAGGGUCUCCAGGCGGACACAGCAGCCUCCUCCAGCCUCCACCGGCCUGCGGCGAUCACACACCGGACUCUGGAGGAACCCGCAACACGCCGCAGGGGAAUAAAAAAAGAGAAGAAAAGAAGAUUUUCCCUUUUUAAAGCUUUCAGUUUGUUUAGAAAUACGGGCUCAGUCACUUUGUCAACAGAUGAUAAACAGCUAAAGGGCUGUUUUCUCUGAGCAGCAUGCUGCUGUGAUAAUAACACGCUGCUGUGCUGGUGCUGUCAGACUGUUUUCCUCUCCUGGCGCAGUCUAACUCAGCUGGAGGCGCAUAGGAUGCCAUACAAUCCUAUAGGAAGUGACUCUCACAGCUUGACGGGCAACAAUUUCCUCGAACAGCGAAGGACGUUAUAGAUUUUAUUUUAUUUUUUAUUUUUUCCGGUUUCCACACUAAAGACGCGAUGGACGAAGGCACCGCCAGCGAGACCAUCCCAGAUCUGAAAGACAUAGAGGUGAAAAUUGGCCGGAAGACCCCCGAGGGUUUGCUCAGGUGGAUGCGGGAAGAAGCUUCCUCUCUCCGGGGAGACGGCAAGCUGAGCGCCGCGUACGACGCCGGCAAGGAGACGGGGAAGAAGAGUUUGGAUGAAAAGAUCAAGAAACUGAAGGUGGAGAUGGCUCACUUACGCUCGGUGGAUGUGAAGAUCUUGCAGCAGUUGCUGGCCGUCCAUGAAGGCAUCGAGGCGGUAAAAUGGCUGAUGGAGGAGCGCAGCACACUGACGAGCCGCUGCAGCAGCCUCACCAGCAGCCAGUACAGCCUGGGCGAGGGCCCCGACACCUCUUGGAGAGGCUCCUGGAGCAGCCUGCAGGACCCGAACGACAAGCUGGACAACAUCUCCAUCGGCAGCUACCUGGACACGCUGGCGGAUGACAUGGAUGAGUACUGUCCCUCCAGCUCGGAGUCAGUCAUCUGUUCCACCACGCCACUGGUCUCAGAGGCUGCUGCCGGGGGCAGGACAGGGGGAGGCCCCGGGGCCACGGUCACAGCAGCUGGGACAGGGGUGAGGUCUGUUAGUGGGGUUCGGGCCAGUGAAAAUGGAACAGGGAUUAAAAAUGGGAUUGAGGUGAAAGGUGGACCAGGGACUGUAGUUACCAGCGCAAUCACUGGAAAUGGCAUUACUGCGACUGGGACUGGGAAACCAGCUAUUCCUGUCAGCUCUCCCCAGACCAAGUCUGAGAGCCCGAAACAAGACGCUCUGGUCUGGUCCAAGGCCCCGGAGGCGGGUAAAGGAAGCCCAGUUUCUAAGGGCAACACCCAGGCACAAUCUGUCAAGGCUAACGGCGCCCUGGAGAAACCGACCAUGCAAACAGGAAGCCCGACCCGCAACGGCCUCAAGGAGAAACUGGGAACCAACCAGAGCCCCAAGCUCAAACCUUACAAAAACGGAAAGAUCGACUUGGAUACUUGCAAAAUGAACGGCAAAAUGCACCUGGAGUACGACGCGCACUGGCGGUGGGUGCAGUCGCAAGAAGAUGUGACGUUUUUGUAAGGAGGAUAAUCAGAGAGGGGGAUGAAGCCUCUCGUGAACACUCCUCCUGUUACAGAGAUCAGACCACUGAAGGACAGAAGAGAAGCGAACUGCUGUUUGUAAAUGCACAUAGUGAGGCUGUCCUUGUUGAACGACACUGGGUUUGAAAGACAAAGUUUGUCCUGUUGUUCCCUCCUGUGACUGCACUAACUUUCUAUUAAACAUUGAUGUCAGUAAUAAGGUGGAUGCACAUUACAGGAUUUUGACCAUAUUGAGCCGAACGGGGCUGCAACAAACAAACUUGGAAAAUCAAUUUUAAAAUCCUGUCAUAGUUUUUCUCAGGGUCUUUCUUGGCAUUCCCUGAUUCUUUCCUCUUCUCUUUUCUUUUCUUUUCUUUUCUGUCCUUUUCUUUCCAGAAGCACAGUGAGAUGAUCUGCCAGAGAGCUGAAACAUGAUUUCAGAUUGACUGACACUGAACAUCAGCCGAUGUAAAUUAGAAGUUUAGAAAUAUGAUUUGAUCUUUUAAUGCAGAAAAGUAAUAAUAAACGCCAAUUCCUCUACUUACACUUAUCUAUGAUUAAAACCUAGAGGCCCAGCAACAUUUUUGGACCCCCAUUAAAGAAUAUUACUAUUAUUUCCUCUGUUCAUUCUGUGGUAGGUACCUUAAACUCCACCACUAGCAGCACUGAUAGUGCUGUUCUAUAGCAAAGUUAAUAGAACAACGUCUCCCCCUAUAAAUCCACAAAUGAACCCUUUCAUGCAUGGAUUAUUAAAUCAUAAAAUCAUAUUUUCAGUGUCUGCUUUUACUCUUCAAUAAGUGAAAAAUCAUGUUUUUCUAUGUUCUGUAUUUUAUUUAUGAAGGAGUUGCAUCAGUGCCCAUCGCAGUGGACACCACGCAUUAAGAAGAAGUCUCAAGAAGUCUUUCUGAAGAAAUUGUUAAAUUGUUAAAAAAUUGUUUGAUUAUCAAAAACCAGACAGUAAAAAAAACUAUAUUUUCAAAUAAAUUAUAGAUGUAAGAAAUACUUCUAUCCAGAUUUCGGUCCACUACAGUGGGCAUUAUGUGCCAAAGGAUAAAGACUGGGCCUACAUUUAAUUAAAAUCUGAGUCUGUAUACACCAACAGACUCUCUAGGCCACAACCACCAGGUUCAGGUGUAAGAUUCCUACUGUUGGAUCACCAUCAUGAACUUACCUUUUGUUCCCUGAGGUCUGUUUCACUCCCUGACAAAGGCUUGAUGCCGAAAUGCCUUGCAGUGUGUUUUUAAGGUCUAAAUAAAAACAUUUCAAUAAAGUAUAAGGGUGCAUCUAAAUAGGCAGUGUGUAUCCUUUGGCGCAUAACAGUGGACAGAUGUAUUUUCAAUCAAAAAAAAAGAAACAUCUUUCCAAAAUCUGGAUAAAAGUAUUUUCUACACCCUAUGUACAUUUUUUCAUUUCAUUUACAGAAAAGAAGAAUAAAAGGGUGUAACAGUUACUCCAGAGGUACUUGCUGCAUCUCCUCAUCCUCCUCCCAUUUUGAAUGUGUGUCAUAUCUCAAAGUGACAAAGUGGUGCAGAGAACAUAAUCAAAUGUGAUUGUGGACAAGGCUUUAGGCUGGUGAGAGCAUGGUACUCCAGCUUAAAUGCUUCAAAAUUGCUCCCAAAUAUCUGUCCACUGUCGUGAACACCAUGCAUGAAAGGGUUAAAUCGAUUGUAUAAACAGAAGUGGUUAUAAGGUUACAGACAGUAUUACUUUACUAGUAUUGAAGUAUUGAAAAAAAAAAAAAGUGAAAUAUUAAGUAUUUAGCAGCAUUUGAUGGAACCUGUGAGCGUGUUACUCCCCAAACUCGUACUUAACCUGAACAAAAACUAGAGGAUGUGAAAGUAGAAGAUGGAGCACCACAGCUAGUAAACGUCUCCCCUCAUUGAGAAAUAAUGUGCCACUGUUAGUAUUUGUGUCUUUGUGGAGCUAAUAACCAACCAUCUGCAAUACUGUAUAUUCACUGAAUCGCAAUACAGCUGCUCUGUGCAUCAGGUACUAGAUGUGACUGGUUUGUAGGCAAAUAUUGAAUAUGGCUGAAUUCUCUCUUUCUGUUUGAAGCGUUCUGGUAUCCUGUGUUAGUUUUUAUAAGCAGAUGUUGUGCCUGAUCGGUGUAAACCUGAACUACAUAUGCCUGUUUCCCUCCUGAGAUGACUGCACUGUUGUUAUGAUAAUCUGAGGUUUUUUUUUUUUUUUUGACUGAUGUUAUUCUUGUUAUUUUUGCCUCCUCCGGGCCUCUGCUUGCGUGUACAAAUGGCCCGACCGACAGUCCGCGUGCUCUCGCCAUGUGAGUGUCGACUGGUAAACGUGUUACGCUGGCUGGGUGGAUGUUGCAUGCCCUGUGCCGAGAGCUUUAUUGGUUGAAUCGUGAGAAACGCGUGGAAGACUUAACACAAUCAGAGAAGAAAAAGCAAUAUUUCCCGAAGCCUGUCUAGUGGCUUUCAUAAGCAGCCUCUUCUCCGCAAAUCCUGUGUGAUGCGUGUUUGUGUGUGUGAGAGACUGACUGGCCGAGCCCAGCUGGCCCGCCAAGGUUUGGAUAAGAGUACACGAGACACGAAAGAUUUUCUGGAGUUUUCAGCUCAUUCGUCAGUGUGACAGCAAUCUUCGAGCAGUUCGUCAUGUUAAUGCUGCCGGGAUAGUGAGAGAGAAACAUGUUGCACAAUGAGCUCAUCUCUGUAUAUGUUACCUCGUCAAAAAAAAAAAAGCUCCUCUUAAAAGUUGGGACUUACACUCUCUCCUUCAUUUCAUGACCUUCUGAAAAGGCUGAUGUUUGAGUCAAGCUGUGUUAUAUUUGUGCUCUGUACCCCUUAAAUUGUUGCACCUCCUAAUGCUGGCGAUGAUACAAUAUAAAAGUUUUGAUACUGCUAGCAACGCCAUGUUUUUAUCACGUAUAGACACAUUUCAGUCCGCACCAAAAAAAAAAAGCAUAACCAAGGCUUCAGUGCCCAGCUCUGUCCCUUUGCAUCCUGAAAGUCCUGGCCUAGCUUUUCAUACAUUUCAUGCACUGUAUCAAGGACCUUUUUUUUUAUUUACCUGCCAAACUGACGGCUCGCGAUCUAACGAGGGAAAUCUGCAUACAGUGACAGAGGUAAAGCCCUGUUAAUUCCUCAGUGAGUAUGAAGCCAAAAAAGCUUGACUUCCCAAAUAUUGAAUUACCCAGAUCCUCCGCUUCAGUGGCCCAACAGGUUUUACAACAAGUCUAAUUUGCGAUUUAGCCCAUGGCUAACUUGAGUAGAGACAGAAUUAUUCAAUGGUUUGACACUUCUAGAUUUUCUAGAAGCUAAGAAAAUACUGAAGUCAAAGCUGCAUGACGGAGGAAAAGCGUCAAAAGUCGAUGACGCACUAUAUUGUUGAUAAAGUCAGAGCUAUUAGUACUGCUUCCAUUGACACGCGAUGCAUCUGCUUAUUAAAACAUGUUGACUGGGAGUCAGCUGUCUGUCAUCUUCAGUCAACUCACUUCUUACUAGGUCUCCCUGACAAGCAAUGCAAACUUUUUUUGGCAGCUACAGUGAGAUGUUAAACUCGGCAUCUCCAUUUGUUCGAGCCACUAAAGUGUUUCCUCUCGCCUCCUCCUGCCUUUCUUUUCAUCCCUCUUUCCACCACCACACUGGUUCGGUGGAAAUGUUCAGUCCGUGCCAACGCACACAUCAUGCGCACACAAUGCCCUCUUGCCGGAGACAGCACCAUAAAGCCAGCACCACAGAAACAGCGACUGUUGGCCAGUCCUGGAGACAGGAGAGGAAAACUCUGCUCAAACUGGACCUUGAACUCUUGUACGAGUUGGAACAUUUUUAAAAAUCUGUCCCGGUGAUCUCCCUCCCCUCCAAAUCUCUUUAAAUAACAUCUAUCCGUCGUUGGAUAAGUAUUUCACCCAUAGUAUAUCACCACCGUAUAUAGACAUGAAGUCAUGAAACCUCCGUCCCUUUUUAACAUAUGUGUUGGCUGUAAAGCAACCUCGCAUGCCAAAGAGACUGUCUGCUCUGCUAGUUUGUGGUUUUCUUUCCAAAUUAGACGAGCCAUAUGGGGGGAAAAAACUAGAUUUCAGAGCAGGGAACAAACCUGUAAAACGCAUUACAUCCAGCUAUAGUGUGUCUCUGAAGCCAUACUGCGGUCCAAGAUGCUGUAAUGUGUUUUCACUGGGAACGUCCAGUUUAAAAUAGGUAUGUGUACAUUGUUUUAAACCUGCCCACUGGCAGAGUUUUAAUGGGAAUGUAGGUGCCAGGAGAAAUGGCUGGUGGCCUGAUUGUUUUUAAAAGAGGGAUAUGAACUCCUCUGUGCAUGGAUAAGAAUGGAAGUGUCAGUAACUGGCACACUUGUGGAAAAAACCCUUCAGUCGAAGAUGAAAAGCUUCUCCUCACUUUCCAGAUUUUUUCAGAAGGUAUGGAGGGAAACACAGCAGGCUUGCUCCCUUAAAAUCCUUUUUGUUUCUCUCCUUUUAUAAAGUCCAGGAUUUAUCAGAUGCCCAGUGCGUGAUGUGUUUGCCUUGGCUCCAGGUGCCAGGCACCCUCCAGCUAUUCUGGGCACAAGUCAAACAGUAUGAUUACAUAGACGAGUGGAUAUCCACAUGGUUCCCAUGACGAUGAGAGCAAGUAGGCUUCAGCUCUUGUGGCUACAUGAAACAAUGUUUAGUGCAGCGGCGGUACAGCAGCAGUGUUUGUUUGAGUGAUGGCAGGAUGGGACGAAAGAGACGACGCGAGUACUGGUGAGGCAUUUCAACAGCACCGGAACAAUAACCAUUAGAAUGACCUUCAACAACAUUAGAAAUAGUUUGUAAUGGAUCCUGGACAGAAAAAAGGGCUUCAGAUUACUUAAGACAUUUAUAACUGUUGCAAUUUUGAUUAGUAAAAUCUUUUUAUUAAUGGCAUAUUAUCAUUUACAUCAGCAGAGGUGAUAAAGUUCUAGAAAGUUAGAAACUCAUGAUCAUUAAUGGAUGGAUCAGAAGCAUCUAAUCGCAUUAUUACCAAAUAUAAAUACAAAGAAAAAAACACCAGCCUGUGGGUUCUUUUACAGCCAAAACAAACUGUUGUACUUAAAGCUUACAACUCAGCUAAAAGCAGUGGUAAAUGAUUCAUUAAUCAUUAUUAGUUUACAGUUUAUAAACUCUUUAUAAAGGGUGCUUUAUUAGAAGGGGGCAAACAUUGUCACGAUGCACAAUCUGAUCCCGCUGUGAUGAUGUUGAACCCCUUGAACAGAAUUAUUGUAGCCCCAGGAGCUUCAUUGCAAAUGUGACCAAUCACGUUUUUUGUAACAUCACAGUUUUGCCACUCGGGAGUGACCAGAAAAUUACACAGAUGGGAGAAGCUAUUCCUAAUAACGUGUGUGACAUAUUGUGAAUUUUAAGCCAAACCACAAUGAUUUGCUAAACCUAACCAAGAAAUUUUGUUGCCUGAACUGAACCAAAAAUCGACAGAAAACUGAACAGAAGCAGAAAAUGGUACUUGAAAUUAGUGUAAAAGUUAAAAAAAAAAAAAAGUGUACAAACACCAAUGAGCCGAACAGUCGGUGGACUCCAUCCCUUCCUCAUAAAUAGAAAUAAUAGUCCUUAAGUUACAUUGAUCGUUAUGUUCUAGGAACACCAGCACGGCGAUUUCAGACAGUUUCGAGCAGAGACAUUUAAUUUCUACAAUUGGAUAACAACUGAAAUUCUGUCAAGAGCCCUUCCUCUUCAAAGUUUUGGCCAUUUUUUUCAGAAGAAGACCGGUUGUGUGUCCCUGGAGGCUGCAUGGUAGGAUAAACAGUGAGCACACUGCAUGCAGCUAAAAGGAAGCUUCCACUCCCGGUGCCCUGCUGUUCUCUUCCUUCCUCUUGUACAUACACAAACACACACGAGCACAAAUCAUCCCAGGACUGACGUGGGUCUCUAGGUACCUGACAGCUCCUCUAAGAGGCCAUUAAGCAUUUCCUCUCCUUGAAUCUUAGUUAUACUUUAUCCCUGUGUGUGUGUUUUGUUCACAUCCCAAACUGCUCAAAGAGAUGGAAGUGAAUUGGAAUAAACCCCACUGAGCGCACACUGGGCUCUGACACGGGUCCAAAACACAACUUGGGCGACACAAAGCUGAGAGGAUGGAAAGAUAAUGGCCACAGAGACCGACUGCAGUUCACUGGAUCAAUCCAGUCAAUAUCCCGCCUGAGCGAGUGGAACUGUUUUAUUUCCAUGGAUGCAUUUAUUUUUAUUGUUUUGUUAUGCAAUGUGUCCGGAGGGAGAAAAAAAAAAAAAAGAUAUUUUUUUUCUUUGUGAAGUGGAAAAGUUUGACAAAUAAGUGAUUAUGUUCAUUAAUGUGGAGAAUUAUAUUAUGCAGUAUGUAAAUUAUACAAGCUUAUCCAAUGAUUAAAGAUAUUUUAAAUCUU